AUGCAUCUGUCCCCCGGGCAAGUCCACGGCAACAUGUGCAAGGGCGGAUGCCUACAAUGUAAAGGAGACCGCUCGGUGUUCUGUCGUAUGGACGCUCUGCACCGCUACUGCUCACUGCCAGACUACUGGCGCUUAUGCUGCAAGACCUGCAGCAACAUCAACGAUUCCACAGUGGAGCCUAACUCCCCUGCCACAGCCACCCUCAACAGCACUGUCCCACCUACACCAUCCAAGAGCCUCUUCAGCUCCAUUCUCACCACCGCUCAGCCAACUAAAGCCGCCAGUAAAGUCAAGGAGACAAAGACCAAUCCAAAGCUGAAAAAGUUGCACUUUAACACACCACCCACCCCUUAUGAGGAGGAUUUUUCCACCAUUCCUGUCACAGCGCCGAGCUUUCCUUCGUCCGGGUCCAAAGUCAGCCCCACAAACGUUAGCGGGGAUGCAGUGGUCACAGCCAGAACUCCACUCGUACACUACGGGAGCACAGACAUAGAGACGACGACACCCGGCUCUUUCAAUGAGUUCAUAACACCCUCUGAUGAUGUUAACGCUGAAGCUGUCACAGGGACUACUGCAUUUAGUGAAACCACAGUGACAAGUAGUGGUGAAGCUACAUCAAGGAGUGAAGAUGACAUUAAAGAGUCCUACAGUAGUCCGGGAAGGGUCACAGACACCGUGGUGCUGGAGGACGGUCCCUCCAUGGUGAUCCCGACCAUAAAAGGAGAGGACACCACAGAGCCGGCCUCUCCACCCUGGCUGGACCUGCCUGAGCACAUCCCUGUAGGUUUCACCGGUCCCCCAACGACCGCGGUCUCUCACACAGUGUCGCCUGAAAUCAUCUCGAAGCCUCGGCAAAAUGCUGCGGAGAACGACGCCAACUCGCUCGAUGGGUUGGAUAACAGAGUCGUCGGUGCUGACAGCGACAUCUCUAAGAACAAUCUGAUCCCCAAGCUCUGGGUCAGCCUUAGAGAGCGAACCAAGAACAAACGAAUACAAGAACUUCUGGAGGAGAAGCGAAAUUUUCUCCUCCGGAUGAAAAGGGGCCACACAGAACAUUAGUUCACCAGAGAUAAACUCUUCUUGAUUGCUACAGUGUUUAUAUCAGGCAUUCCAAAAGGGAAACAAAGAAAACAUUUUCUAAAAAAUCAACCAAUAAGUAUCAUUCUCCAAGGUUCGGACAAAAGAUAUGUCGCUGAAAAUUGCAGAUUUGGUGCACCUUAGCUUGUAGACACAGUGCUGAGAAAUAAAGAGGUCUACGUUC